AGUGUAUGUGAGAUCGGAAGUUUGAGAGUUCGUCAGCGAGAGAGACGGAGAAAGAGAGAGGUGAAGAAAGAUGAUAAAGGCAGUGAUGAUGUUGAAUACACAAGGCAAACCACGGCUAGCUAAAUUCUACGAUUACAUGCCUGUAGAGAAGCAGCAGGAGCUAAUCCGCGGCGUGUUUUCAGUAUUGUGCAGUAGACCUGAGAACGUAAGCAAUUUUCUGGAGAUCGAUUCAUUGUUUGGCCCGGAUUCUCGGCUUGUAUACAAGCACUAUGCUACACUCUAUUUUGUGCUAGUAUUUGAUGGUUCAGAAAAUGAGCUUGCUAUGCUUGAUCUCAUUCAAGUUCUUGUUGAAACACUUGACAAAUGCUUCAGCAAUGUCUGCGAACUCGACAUUGUGUUCAAUUACAGCAAGAUGCACGCGGUGUUAGACGAAAUUGUAUUUGGAGGACAGGUAUUGGAAACUAGUUCCGCCGAAGUCAUGAAGGCUGUUGAAGAAAUAUCAAAGUUAGAAGCUGCCUCAAAUUCGAUUUCACUUGUCCCCAAGUCUGUUUCCGGGUGGCGUGGCCGUUAGCUUGGAAAAAACUUGCCUGAACCGAGAAAGAUAACAAGAAGUCAACAAAACAUGUAACAAAAGUUUAUCCAAGUCUUGAUCCAAACAUGUUUGUUUAGUGAGCGUGAAAUGUUGCGUGGAUGGGCUCAGUGGUCUAACAUGGGCCUGAGAAUUGUAAUUGGGAGAAGGGAACUACUACAUGCUAUUUGAGAAUGUAACAAAAACGACGAGAAGUUAAGAUCUAUAAACGUGAAAUGAUGUC